AUGACGGUCCUCGGGCUCAACUCGGGCACGUCCAUGGAUGGCAUCGACUGCGCUCUGUGCCGGUUCAGACAGGCGUCCCCCAGCGAGCCCAUGCACUUCCAGCUGAUCAAGUACGACGAGAUCCCGCUUGAGCCCAAGAUCAAGAAGAGGGUCAUGGACAUGAUCCUCCACAACACCACAACGCCCGAGGAGCUGUCCGAAGUCAACGUCAUCCUGGGAGAGACGUUUGCCGAGGCAGUCAAGGCCUUUUCCGACAAGCACGGCAUCCCCCUGUCGUCCAUCGACGCCAUCGGCUCGCAUGGCCAGACCAUCUGGCUGGAGAGCAUGCCGCAGGGCGGCCGCAAGAAGUCGGCCCUGACCAUGGCCGAGGGCACCUUCAUCGCCUCCAUCACCGGCAUCACGACGGUGACGGACUUUCGCGUGUCGGACCAGGCGGCCGGCCGCCAGGGCGCGCCCCUGAUUGCCUUCUUCGACUCCCUGGUGCUGCACCACCCGACCAAGCUGCGGGCGUGCCAGAACAUUGGCGGCAUCGCCAACGUGUGCUUCAUCCCGCCCGACGUCGACGGGCGGCUCAACGACGAGUUCUUUGACUUUGACACGGGCCCGGGCAACGUCUUCAUCGACGCCGCGGUGCGCUACUUCACCAACGGCGAGCGCGAGUACGACAGGGACGGCGAGAUGGGCAAGGCCGGGCGGGUGAACCAGGCCAUGGUCGACGACUUCCUGCAGACGCACUUUUACUUUGCGCUCGAGCCGCCCAAGACGACGGGCCGCGAGGUGUUCCGCGACACCAUCGCGCACGAGCUCAUUGAGCGCGGCAUCGCCAGCGGCAUGUCGCCCAACGACGUCGUCGCCACCAUCACGCGCAUCACCGCACAGGCCAUUGUCGACCACUACAGGCGAUACAUGCCCACGCAGUACGGCCCGCUGGCCGAGGUGUACAUGUGCGGCGGCGGCGCCAAGAACCCAAACAUCCUCGACCACCUCAAGGCGUCCUUCCCGGACACCAAGUUCGUCAUGCUCGACGAGGCGGGCAUCCCGGCCGACGCCAAGGAGGCCAUCACCUUUGCCUGGCAGGGCAUGGAGGCCGUCGUCGGCCGGAGCAUCCCCGUGCCCUCCCGCGUCGAGACGAGGCGCGGCUACGUGCUGGGCAAGGUCAGCCCGGGGCUCAACUACAGGCGCGUCAUGAAGAAGGGCAUGGCCUUUGGGGGCGGCCUCGAGCAGCUCGAUCCCGUCAGGGAGCUGGUCAACUACGUGGACGGUAGCGUGUACAACAACAAGGUGUGA